UCCAUUUGACCCGCAAAAAUAAUUGGUCAGCUGUCUGCGGAAACUUGGUAUACGUAGUUGACACUCACUGCCAUCAAUAUUAGCGAAAGUCAUUAUAACUAUAGCAAUCAGUAAACCAACCCCGCAUGGAUAAAAGGGCAAGAAAAUGUAUAUAUUACGGUUUAUGCCCUGUGUUAUCUUUGACUAAUGAAAAUAUACUGUUCGCGGUAAAAGUUUGUGUUUGAAACGAAUGUGACUUAGUAGGUCAAACAACUGUAUGACAACAACUAUAUUUUAUUUGUUUGAAAGAUUUGAAAGAUUUUGGUUAUGACCACAGAAAAGCUAUAGUCUACGAAUUAACAACAACAUCUUUGAUUGUUCAGAAAAGUGUCAAUCAUGAUUUCUUGUGAAAAGGUUGAUAAUAUAUUAAACUCUCUUUUUCAUCAAGUCUAUUUGUUGGAAGACUGGAUCACUAGGGUUAGUGACGUUGUAUUAUCUGACCUAGUGAAACCUAAAGACCCUUCAAGCUAUAUCCAACUGUUAAAGACAACUAAAGUAUGUAUUAAAAAGUCUAGUUCUCAACGUCAACUCGAUAACUGCUUCUCUCCAACUCAGAACUCAUUUCAAAGGGAGAUAAUUAUGCGAGUAAUUGAGAGAAUAUUGAGAAAAGAUGAGAAGAGUAACAAUGUACUGGUAUUAGGAUUCUCAUUGCAAUCUGAGAAUCCUAAUACAUGUAUCAGUAAAACCAGUAAUAUAGAGUUACGAUAUCCUAAUUCAGCUUCUAAUAGAUUACAAUAUAGUUCCUGGGAACUUCUUCUUUCUAGGAUAGGAGAUUGUUUAAUGGAGUAUUUAUUAGAGAUGACGUCCAUAUUUCUACAAGUUCCUGAUAGUUCUUGUUAUAUACAAGUUACAGGAGAAGGUGCUAAUGACAUGACAUGGAAAUUAAAAUCAAAGUCUUUACUAAAAUCAUCCACAAUAGUUCACAGAAAAAGAAAAUGGAAGGGUAAAGGAGCAGGUUUCAGACCACGAUACCUUCAGAAGAAAUUCACCAAUGUUAGAGAGAAAGACAAACAACUGAUAGAGAUAGAAAAGUUUGCAAUGCAUGAUAGACCAAUUCAGUCAUCCAGCUGUGUAACCCAGGAUACAUCACCUCCAGACUCAUUUAGUCAAACAAUUAUUGGUAGUAAUUCAGUGAAUGAGGUGUCGUUACGUCCUACAAAAACUUGUGAUAAAAACAUAAAACAGUCUUUUAUCUCACUGAAAACAAAACGGAAAGCUGAGGCGUCAGAAUUCAGAAACAGCAAACGUAGAAAACUACAUCAAAAUGGCGAAUCUGCAGAUCAAAAUGAAAAACAGAUAGCCUUUGAUAAGAGGAAUGAGAACCCGAGAAGGAAGUCUAGAUGUGAAAUAACACCAGAGUCUAAUUCUAGAAUUGCUGAUAUAAAUACCAACACUGUGGGUAGCAGAAAGAGAAAGAUGUGUCAUGAUGAUUUAAUAAAAGGUGGACAGGCAACUUUCCCAAGUUCUGAACAGAAUGAUUUCAGACUUGAUAAAAGAGUAAAAAUAGAUGAAAGUUCUUCCAGUCAUACUGAUCAUGAUGCUAUUAAUCCCGAGCCAGGUCUGGGUAAAAUCCAAGCGAUAUGUGUUUCAACUGUUAAUGAUAAGGUCCAAGUAUUGGAUACAAAACAGGUUGGUUUAAAGUGUAAUAAUAUGGUUGAUGAUCAUGAUGCGAAUAAUGUGGAGAGUAAAGAUUGUAAACCAUACAAUUUUCAUCAGCCAUUGAGAAGAACCAGUUUAUUUUAUUGCAAAAAUCUAUGUGAAAAAAUACCAAAGUUUGGAGAUCUGGAGGAAGUUGUAUCUCAAGUAACAAAUAUAUCUGUUGGUGUUGAACGACAUAAAGUAAUCAACUUUCCACCAGAAGUUGGAGAUAUGUUUCAAGUUCUUCUGUCUAGAUACAAAAAGUUUCCAUGGUAUUCAAUGUUAAACUAUCAUUGUCCAAUCAACAUUCACUGUAAAUUACUCAAUGGAAGAGAAAGAUAUAAAAGAAGAAAGAAAAUGAGAAAUGUAACAACAGCUAAAUUAUUAGAGAGUUAUACUACAUAUCAACAGGUAUAUUUAUUUUUGAAAGUUAUUAUAAAAAGGAUUAUUCCACUAGAGAUGUUUGGUUGUCAAGAAAAUAGAAAUCCUUAA